AUGGGCAACUUCAUCACCAAAGCCAUCACCAGGCUGGUCACAUUCGCCUAUGGUCUCUAUUCGGUGUGCCUAUACGGAUACUUAGCCACUAAGAGGGGCACGUUUUUCAAGAAACGCACCGACAGACAGAAUCUUGAGUUGCAACUUGCUCGCGAUCGCCUGUGGAACCUUUCUAAAGACUACGCCGGCCUCUCCCACUACUUCCUAACGCUCCCAAGCGGGUUCAAAUUCCAUUUCGUGAGCAAUGGUGCUCAUGGUUCUCCGUCGGCAUUGACGUCGGAAAAGCCUCUUGUUAUCUUUAUUCAUGGAUUCCCCGAUAGUUGGGCUAUCUGGCGUUAUAUCGCCACCGCGCCAUCUCUACAGAGCUCCGCCAAUGUCGUUGCUAUUGACCUGCCUGGAUAUGGUGGAACGGAAGGUCUGGAGAAAUACACGGCUACAGCUGUGUUGGAGAAACUGACCGAACUUAUUAUUACCCUCCGCACGCAAUAUGGCGUUGAUCAGGGUACCGAGACGAACAAGAAGCGAGUCAUUAUCGUGGCUCACGACUGGGGAUGCGUGCUGUCGAUGCGACUUGCAGCCGAGGCACCAUCGCUGGCACAUCGAUUUAUCCUGUCCAAUGGUCCAUUGAUGAGCUUGGCUGGAUCCAACGUUCGCCGCAUCGUUGCUUCAGCAUCCAAGAUUUUCAAUACUGCUCUGGCCGCUCCACUCUCAUCCCGUACGCCAUUGCUCCAGGCCCUUCGAACUCUGGGACCCGUGUUCCGCCAACUCAAGAUGUCCGGUUAUGUCUUUGCCAUGCAGCUGCCUCCCACGCUGGUGACUUAUUUCCUAACUGGAGGCAACUACUCCUUCAUGGCAGGUAUUCACAAGGGCUCUCACGGACGAGGCGAGUUCACCCCGAGUGAUGAAGGCACCUCCAUGGCCAGCAGCAUGGGCCCGUCCCUUGCCGAGUCCAAGACGCAGACUGCCGGCGGCGAGUCAUACCCGAGCACCAUCAAGUAUACCCACAAUUUCGCCAACGUCCUACACAUGGCCGGGUACUACCGCGAUGGCGCAUCCGUAGCAAGAUGGCGCAAAUCCGUCGAGACCGUCGCCAACCUGCACAGCAUUGCUGGCGGCAACGAGCUUCGGCGCAGCAACAGCGGGGCCGGUCUGCUUGACGAGGGUACCCCCGGUGCCUUGCAGGCGAACUCGACCGUGUUCUGGGGUCAAAAGGAUAUUGCGCUGAACCCGCAGAUCUGCCUGGAUGGCAUGGCCGAUUAUCUGGUUGCCGAUAGCCAGGUGGUGAUGCUUACCGAGUCUGGCCACUUUACUCCGAUCGAGCCAGAGAGCCGGGUUGCCAUGGUGAAGGCCGUGGAAUGGGCCAUUCACGGCGAAAAGGGCGAUAUCGGCGCCGUUAUUCAGGAGUGCUAUCCGAGCGCAAAGGUCAUUGCCCGGCGAUAA